UUCAGCGCAAAGGUGCUGAGCCUCGCUCGCGCUUAAGCAGGCUCCGCCGGCUGCUGCUGCUGCUGCUGCUCCCUUGGCUGGCGGCAUGGGACUGGGAUCCGGCUUCCUCCACUGCCACGCACAGAAAGGAACCCGACUUUAACAAGCUUACGUUACAGAAGAAAAGGCUGGAUGGAAUCUUGAAACAGGGAGCCCAAGACAGUAGCAGGUUUUUUUCAGGUGAACUUCUGCCACGGCUUCUUGUGAUGAGCAAUGAUACACUCUGAAGUCUACAGAGACCAAACAUCGAAAGGAAUGGUUGCUUCGCUUCCUUCUCACUGUCGUGAAAUGAAAUGGUGUUCCUAAGGUGAUAACUGCUUCUUGCAGUCUAGAAGACGCAGCUUCACUGGGACAUUUUGUUUUGACUUUUUUUGUCUGCAAAUGCACAUUCUGAUGGCUGGCGGGCGGUGAUGACACCAUGUAGAAGGUCCUGAAGGGGUGUCCUAACUGAGUUGCAAUGGUUUUAUACACUUCCCCAUUUCCAAACGGCUUUCUGUCAGCACUGCAUUCUUUCUCCUGGGGCUUGAUCUUCCCAUGUUAUUGGCUUGGAGACAGGCUGAUAGCCUCCUUUGUGCCUACCACCUAUGAGAAGCGCCAAAGGGGAGAUGAUCCGUGCUACUUCCACGCUCUGUGCAUCAUCAUCACCACUCCAAUUUACCUGGCGCUGCUGGUGGUCUCUCUGCCUUUUGCCCUGAUCGGCUUCCUGCUCUGGUCCCCUCUCCAGUCUGCUAGGCGACCGUACGUCUACUCUAGGCUGCAAGACAAGAGCCAGAUCCAUGGAAGCACGUUGCUCACAGAGUGGAAGACCGCCAGCAAUGGGAAAAGCUUCUGCUUUGGCAGUGCCAAUGUCUGCCUGCUCCCAGACUCCUUGGCAAGAUUGAACAAUGUUUUCAACACACAGGCCCGUGCUAAGGAGGUCGGGCGACGGAUACGGAAUGGGGCUAGCAGGCCACAGAUCAAAAUCUACAUCGAUUCCCCCACAAACACGUCAAUCAGCGCAGCAAGCUUCAGCAGCCUGGUCUCUCCUCAGGGCGGAGAUAGUAAUAACCGUGCAGUCAAUGUGGGCAUCAAGAGGACAACCUCGAUGGAGUACAAAGGGGACAACUCCGUCUCGAACAACAGCGAAGAUGGUAGAGAUGGCAAAGCUGGAGGAGAUACCAAUGAGGGCGAAGACGGCAACACGUGCAUUGUGCGCAUAGGUGGAGAGGACAAUGGGCACAUUUCAGACCUGGAAGCAGGUAGCACUGGGGGCCAAGUCAAUAACAGCAAGGGGCCAGCAGAGCGAUCACCAGAAUCCGAAGCCGAGAGCCUGAAAGGCCAGACUCCGAACCAUAAGCAGAAAGAGGGGGAUUCUGGGAGCCUGGAUAGCUACACUGCCUCACGAGAGUCCCUAGUGAAGGUGCGUGCUGCAGACGGCCCUGUGGACCAGAGCACUGUCAACAGCAAGCUCCUUUACAAGGCCUCACUGAUGAAGAAGACCUCCUUGAGAAAAAAGAGAAACACAGACGAGCUCUUUGACCACGAGAUCUCCGCUUUCUUCCCUGCCAAUUUGGACUUCCUGUGCUUGCAGGAAGUGUUUGACAAAAGGGCGGCUGAGAAAUUGAAAGAGGAGCUCCACCAUUACUUUGAAUACAUUCUGUACGAUGUCGGGGUCUACAGCUGCCAUGGCUGCUGUACCUUUAAGUUUGUGAACAGUGGCCUGCUUUUUGCCAGCCGCUAUCCAGUUAUGGAUGCUGCUUAUCACUGUUAUCCCAAUGGAAAAGGAACAGACGCCUUGUCUUCUAAGGGGGCCCUGUUUCUCAAGGUGCAAGUGGGAAGUACACCUCAGGACCAAAGAAUUGUGGGAUACAUUUCCUGCACUCACUUGCAAGCUGUGGCAGGGGACAGUACUGUUCGAUGCGAACAACUGGAUCUGCUUCAGGAUUGGCUGGCUGAUUUCAGAAAAUCUACCUCCUCCUCCAGCACAGCCAAUCCAGAGGAGCUGGUGGCAUUUGAUGUACUCUGUGGAGAUCUCAACUUUGACAAUUGCUCAUCAGAUGACAAGCUGGAGCAGCAGCAUUCCUUGUUUACGCGCUACAAGGACCCAUGCCGGCUUGGUCCAGGGGAGGACAAAUCGUGGGCAAUUGGCACCUUGUUAGAUCCAGAAGGACUAUACGAUGAAGAAGUGUGCACAGCAGAUAACCUGCAGAAGACAAUGGAAAGUGAAGAAGGGCGAAAAGCCUAUAUUGUCUUUCCUACCAGCAAGACCCAUCCUUCAAGUCAGAAGGGGCGCAAGAGAGCUUUGAAGGGGAACGGGAGGCGAAUCGACUACAUGCUUUACACUGAAGAAGGCCUCUAUCUAGAGUGGAAAGUGGAAGUAGAAGAGUUCAGUUUCAUUACUCAGCUGGCAGGCUUAACUGAUCACCUGCCUGUUGCCAUGCGCCUGAUGGUUUCAACGGGAGAAGAGGAUCCUUAAAAAAGGACCGUCUUUUUGUCCCCCACGAGUGUAGAAGAGGGAACUUCCAAACUUGUGACCAAGAUGCAAGACAGAGUGUGGGAUUUUUUCGGAUGCCCCCACCCCCUCGAGACCAGGCUUGACUCAGACUAUCCUCUGGCUGCGAUUCUACCUGCUUUUCAGAUUCCUCUCCAUUUGCAUCCUGUUAGGAAGAUGUUAAAAAGGGAAGCAGAGAACGUAUGUGAAUGUGUGCAUGGGGAGAUGGGGGAGGGAGGGGGGUGUCAGCCCACCCACAAGUGUCACGAGUUGCCAGGCAACCGGCAAGCCUGUAUUUCUAUACUUUCACUGUGGACUUAAAAGGAACCAAGGUAGAAGUCCCAAUUCUUUUGAACCAGUGCCAUUCUUACAAAACAAUGUUUUUUUAUAUAUAUACUGAUAUAUAGCACAAUUUAGUUUGUAAUCAGUCUCUGUGUUAGUGCUGCUCCAAAAGCGAGUUUUUGAAUCAUUUCUUUAUAUAUCCUUAAUGAGCUAAUGCUUAAUUUCUCUCUCUCUCUCUUUUUUUAAAAAAAUAUCCUUUUCUCCCCCCCUUUCCUUUCCUUUUUUCUUUUUAGCCUGUUAAUGUUGUAGUAGCAUGCCUGCGUCAGAAGCAUGCCUCCACAUUGCAUGCCACUCACUUAGGAAUGGAAUGGUCAGUGAGGUACCAUUGGGGUGGAGGUGGGUGGGCAGGUAGGGGAAACGAGAAGGAUGGCAAUGGUAAUUCAGAACCCAGAGCAUCCUGGCGACAGCAUUCUUAGGACCUUGAAAACCCAAGUUUGGAAAACAGUGUCAUAUUGCCUAUACACAGGCGGCUGUCAAAACAGUAGGGCCAAGUCCUAAAAUAUUCUCUAUCAAUGCAAUCCUGGAGAAAAGAUUUCAGAAGAUACUAUGGCAGAUGUGGCAGAUACAAGUGGUGGCGUCUUUCCUGGACUGGUCCAUUGCAGCUUGCAGUAUGAGAGGUUUAGCACACAAACUUUCAAAGCUGUCUUAUUUCACCACCAGACAAUGAGUUGUAUCCAACAAAGUGGAAGGAUGUCCACUUGUGCAAUGGAGAUGCCCCUCAUUCUCCUUCCCCCAUUUGUUUCCCCCAAACCUGUUUGGGGUUCCUCCCCAACCCUCUGGAGCAGAUUUUGGGAUGCCCAGGAAGGAGGGAAGGGAAGGAGUUUCUGUUGUGCUUCUGGGAGUCCUUCUACUAACAGGACAACUUUCUUGGAUACAACCCUGUCAGUCUAAUAAUCUAUCUCAACAUUGUCUACUCUGACUCUCUGGUGGCUCUGACCUGAUCUGCAGCUCCUUCUGUGUGUGAAUUACCCUGUCUGAAUUACCCUUCAGGUUCUGAACUUUUGUGAUACCAAAAUGCAUUUAAUAAUGCACAUUGAGACAAAAUACACACUUAAAUAUUUUGUGAUGAAAUGCAUAUUGAAAUCCAUAUCAAAAUACCAAAAUACAAUUUUUUGUGUAGUUUUUUUAAAAAAACAACAACAGAUUAAUACGGAACAGGAACAGAUUGGAUUUAUGAAUAAACACAUGCAAAGUUGGUGUAGACUAUGGAACCCACCUCAGUUAUGUGAAUAUUGGAAUGUUCCUCCACCAAAAGAUAGUUCUCAGCACAUGGAAAGGUAGUAUGUCAGGUGAAAGGCUGGCCUAAACCUUCUCCCUAGUGUGUUAGUUUUCUGUAGGUGGGGAGUGGGAGAAUUGAUUUGUGUAAACCCAACAGAUGGGUCAUGUACAAUGCAACCCCACCAGUGCUUUCAACCCUCAAGGAGGUAUAGCACCAAUGCAGUUGCUUCCUGUUCUGCCUGCCCAUCCCAAUGGGAUUUCUUCAUUUGAACAUGAUCAGAGCAGCGUGGGAACCAGUCGCAGGGAAGCAGUGGCUACUCUAGUGAUGUGUAUAUUAGUCCUUAUGCAUUGUGUGAACAGAGAGAGCAAUGCAGGGAAAUAGGUGGCAGAGAGCCUUAGCUAAAACACAAGCAACUUCCUAGCAAGACACAGUAGGAAAGUUCUGUACAUUCUGAAUAAGACAGAUUAAAAGAUGCCACAUGUGGAAGAUGUGCCUGUCACUUCAAGGGUAGGAAGAUCCCACACAUUACCAUUUGUACCUCUUAACUUUUGCUGCUGCAGAAGUUUUGUUUGCUUGCUCUUCUCUUGUGCUGCUGGACUUCCAUUCUUGCCCCACUCCCCCAGCUUGGUGGUUCAGCUUGAUUUGAGGUGCUGGACUGAAAUUUCGGAACCCCAUCCCUCUUCCCACAGCAGGGCUUGUACAGCAUGUGUGAAGGAAAGAGCGCCUUUAAACACAUGCAGAGUGCCCGGGUUUUCCCCACUAAGAACCAUCAAGUGUUCUCUGCCCCCCCCAAUUGAUAGAGGGAGUGGUUUUUGGGGCAGCGUGGCCUAAACAUGACUUCCACUGUCCAGUCACAGCACCUCAUUCAUUUAUAACCUCAUUCACUUGCAAAACUCACAGGAGGCAGUGAUGGCCACCAAUUUGGAUGGCUUUAAAAGAGAAUUAGACUGGAUAAUUAGAAUGAAGGAGAAGGCUAUUGAUGGCUACUAGCCAUGAUCUUGUGUUCAAAUCCUGAUGCUGGUUUCCCACAGGCAUCUAUAAAGUUCAUAAGUACCCAAACACUAUUAUCUAUUUCCUACCUGAACACAAAUUUAUUUUAUGAACUCUGCAUAGACCCUCACCUGCAACCAUCUGUUUCUCUCCUAGUCUGCACUUCUGAUGUGACACUUUCCUUUUUUAGAAGUGACAGGCACACCUUCAAGAGCAGGAAGAACCUGUACCUCUCCAAAAUAGUAUUGCCACUUAUAAAUGGUGGAAGAUCAAAUGUCAUAGAUCAACCCAAUCUGCUUUUCAUAUCCCUCUUGAACUCGGAGGCAGAAUUUUCAAAUAUGCUUAAGCAGUUGUGGGCUUGUCAUUCAGCCUUAUGCUGUUGCACUCUGAAACAUGUUCCUGUUAUGUAUUAGGUACACUGGGAGCUCCAUGGUUCAGCUCCACGGUUGCCAAAAUAUAUUAGGGUGUAGCAUAGAUUGAGCCAAGCCUUCCCACCAGUCUCUAGCAAAAUCUCUGAUUUCGUAAUGCUUCAUAAUUCUGCGGUUCUGCAGCUAAGGACGACGGAGGUUGUUGCCAGUGCAACUAGUGCAACAUUUCGGAUCAUCUCGGGCAGGAAGGGCAAGCCCCCAGUUACUGUAUCUUUCUACAGAGCAUGUCUCAGAAUCUGGCAACGGAUCUCAGUGCUAUGGCUGUGAGAUUGAACAAGAUGUACCACAGAACCAGAUGGCUCCAGAAGCGGGGGGGGGGGUUGCCUCUUCUGAAAAACAAAGAACAAGAAAUCAAGGAAGAUGAAAUAAAAGACUGGUGGAUCAGAGAGAACUGAUUGGAAAUGAUGCAAACAUUUCUGGAGAAAUGGAAUACAGUGCAAACAUAAUUUUAAAAAAAUCAGUCAUGGGGUUUUCUCUGUAAAGGAUGGGGCAGGUCCACUUGAAAUGGCUCUAAAAGGGAUUUGAAAACUGACUUGGACAGAGGGAUCUGUGCCAGGUUCCGAAGUGAAGUCCAUAAUGGCUGCAAAGGCUUGCACCUGUAAAAUUCUGGAGACAUCAGACUGGAAAGAAAUUUGCCUUUCCACAACCCUCGUAGAGGAGACUUGACUGCCUCAGCUUUAAGCGGAAUCAUCUUUCUCCUCCCAUGCUUUGAAAGCCUAAGCAAUAGUAAAACUUCCACAGAUGCCUGAUCAGGCCAUUCAAAAGCAGGGAACUCCAGAAAGCAAAUAGCUGUGAGCAGAGAUUGCAGCAGACCUGCUAAGGCACCACCAGUCAAACUGAGACAGGUGGAAGGCAGGGAGGCCAAUGGCAGGCAGAGCCCAAGACAAUGACAGGCGGUGCCAACUGGUUCUACAUUUGUUCCCAUCCUCCUCCCUGCUGUGUUCUACAAAGGAGGAAGCUGACGGUCAGUGCCACCAGCCAUUGUAAGGAAAAAGGCAGGCUGGCUAUGAGGUUGGUGGGGCAGUGCCCAUUUGCCCUAGAUGACUAGCAUCCACAGGGCUGCUUUGUGUGUUCCAAGGAAGCAGAGACAGAAAGUGUAUUAAUCAGGGCUAGUUUGGAUCAUGUCCAAAUCAAAGCACCUUUAUGGACUGUACCAACCCCUGUGGUGGUGAUGACCAGGAGCAAAUAGGAUGUCAUCACCCAGAACAGAAAUCAAUCUGCAAUAAAAAAAAACUGCUACCGGUAGCACAUUUGCAAAGCUAAGCAGAGUCCAGUAUGGUUUCAAAUUGGAUGGGGUUGAAAUUUCUGCAUUACAGGGGGCUGGACUAGAUGACCCAUGGGGUCCCUUGCAACUUUCUGAUUCUAUGAGAAAAGAAAAAUGCUCCUUCCCCACAUGUUCAUCUGUCUUGAUUUCAUCAAACUUUCUCUACACGGGCAUGAACCAAUGGCCCAAGCUAAACCUAACUGAUUGUUUUAUCUGCAACAUUGCUUCUCAUUCUACUGCUUCUCAUUCUGUUUUGUUUGUAUUUUAUUAACUACCAUAUUUUCUGUCCAAAGCAGUAUGAAUUACAGCUCAUAUGCUGUCCACCAUCUCUGUCUAGAAUGUUUACUACUAGCAGUAAAACUAAGCCAAGGCGCAGUAUUUAAAUAGCUCCCUUUAAGCUGUGUAAAUUACCACCAGAUAUCCACAUUCUGUGAGUAGCUGAAGUAGACAUGCUGUGUGGUCUAUAAGCAAUUGUACCAAUUACUGCCAAACUGUGCUACACUAUUUACAGUUCUAAAAACCCACAAAAGCUAACUUGUCUAAAUUACAGGUUACUUUCUGGGAAGUCUUGCUUUUCUUAAAAAAAAAACGAAAACAAAACCAGGUUUUUCCUCCUUCCCCUUUCAAAUUUAGAUGCAUUGAGAUUUCUUUUUGUGUGUGAGUUGUUGGGUUUCUUUUGGGGGGGGGAGAGUCAGGGUCAGUUUUGAAGUAAACUUUCUCAGAGUUUAUCAUUCUUGGAUAUUCUCCAUUUUUAAAACAGUAGAAAAUUUGAUAGUUCUAAAAAGAGGUAGAUACUUUUGGAUUAAUCAACAACAAUGUCAUUCGUAACCAUUGAAUAGUAUUGUGGGUCAAACUUUGAGGGAACUUUUAGGCUGGGAAUCGUAUUCCUUUGCCUUAUUAGUGCAUUGACCUUGUGCCUUCUGCUGCCUUGAUAUGCUAUGGGAGAGCUGGAAUCCUGUUUGAGGGCAAAGGGAGGAAAUAUACUUCUCAUUCCAGAGAACGGUGUUUUGAAAAAGAAAAGUAAAUUCCGUAUAUCUGUGAUCACAUUCUUUCCUGUUAUUGCAAAUUUACAUUUUGUCCAGACAACAGCUGUAUUGUGUACAUGGCCUAAAGUCCCUUGGGAUCCAAUUUUAUUUUCAAUGAUGUGGACACCAGAUGGAAGGAUAAAACACCCAGAUCUUGGAGCCAGUGGCCACAGGAGUUGUAGUUUGAACAACUGGAAAGCACCAGGCUGAGCCAGACGAAGCUAAGCACAGGCUCAGAUGUAUGUUGAAUUUGAUUUAUAAGUCUCCGAUUCAUGCACAGAGUGUCACAAAGGGUUAUCACCAACCAAGCUCUAGGUCAGAGUAGGUCAACUGAAAUUAAAGGACCUAAGUUAGCCACGUCCACCGAUUUCAGUGGGUUUACUCUGAGUAGAACUAACCAUGGAUAUAACACAAUCCUUUCCCAUUGGCUCCCCUGUAUGUUGCAAGGGAAAAUGCCCUGAUUUAUUCACAUGCACAUCAAUCAUAACUGUGUUAAUAUGUGUCUGCCUUUUGUACUUAGGCAUUGGUUCCCAAGAACUUAGGGACGCGGGUGGCGCUGUGGGUUAAACCACAGAGC